GUUGUGUUCGCUUUUUCUUUUCUCCCUGUGGCAGUAAGUCAGCCAGCCAGCCAUCCAGCCUUUCAGUCAGUCAACAUGCUAACACCACCAAGAAGAUAGGCAAAUAAACGACGAGGAAUCAACAACCAACAAAAACACCAGCAGCAGCAGCGGCAGUGAGACAAUAAUAAUUUGGGAGUCACCUCUUGGCUUGGAGUGUGUUUAAAAAUAAUUUAAGUAAAUUCCAGAAAGGCACCAACAAACAUUACCCAAAAAAAGAGAAAAAAAAAAAAUAGAAAAAAUACAAGAAAAUAAAAAAUGAAAUGUGUUGCUGCAGCAGACGGCCUAAAUGCUGAAACAACAAAAAGGACAGAAAGCCGAGAAGGCAGCGUGGAAAGAAAAGCAGCCAAAGAGCGUGACGAUAAAUUGAAAGUUGCUAGGGAACGUCAAAAUGAAGAAAGACAAAGAAAAAUUGAAGAGCUAAAGGCCCAAGCAGAAGCAGCACAAAGAUAUCGUGAACAAAAAGAAGAGGAACGCCGACGCAGAAUCGAAGAGAUCCGACAAAGGGAUUCCGAAAAGCGUACACAAGUUGAAGAGCGUAAAAAGGCAAUUAUGGAAGCCGAAAAAGAAAGACGGGAAUAUAUUCUGAGGAAAAAUAUUGAAAGAGAAUCAAGAAUUGAAGUCAAGAAACGUGAACGAAAUUCCAUAGGUUAUGCUUUUGGUUCCUCAACACCUCGCCUCUUAGAACCCGCCGAUUUUGGCAUGGUAUCGCCAAGUACAUUCUGGGGACAAAGACGAUCUACUUCAAUAUCAAAUGUUGCCGGUGCUUCACUUUCACGUCGAAGUUCUGAACGUGAACUUAACGAUUGUGGUUCUAAAAAGCGUGCAACAUCGGCCAGUGGCACAGAGAGACACGAGGAUCAUCGUCGUAGUAGGUCAUCAAUGUAUGAAGUAUUCAAUUGGGGCUACACCAAUGAUGAGCCACCCAAAAGAUUUUCACUUUCAAUAGUUGGUAGCGAAAUUAAUAUAGAUGGACCACCGCUACCGACAGCAGCACCAUCAGCAAGCAAAACAACAACAAAUAUCAUCAGCGACACCAAGAACACAAGCAACAAAAACAACAGCAACACAGAGAAUAGUCAUCUCAAUAAUAAUAACAAUAAUACUCAUCAUUAUAGGCAAUAUUCAAAUCAUAAUAAUUUCUAUACAUCUGCUAAGGAAGAUAAUGUUGAUACAUCACAUAUUGUGUUUCGAAGUGUGGCCAGAAGAAAAACUGACCUUAUGCCAACAAUACCGAGUCCCAGGGAUGGUCAUUACGGUUCCCGAUCAUCAUUAAGUAAUACACCUUCUAGAACACCAGGACGUGCAUAUUCUAUGAAUCGUUUGGAUCAAUUGGCUCAACCAAUUCGCCGCAAUGGUGAACACAUUCGAGCCAUUAUGGAACGUGAACGGCGCGAACAAAUGGAAAUGAUGGAUGAAACCGAAUCGCUGGGCGGUGGACGUCGAUCGGGUCGCAAAUCGGCUGGAGGCUCAGGAACUAAAAUGUCACGGAGUAUGAUACACUUGGCUGGCGAAGGGGCACCACGUCCCAAAUAUAAUUUAGGUGGGGGCAUUUCCACCAGUUUUUUACCAUUGGGUAGCGGCAGUAGAAAUGCCUGUAAGAGUAUGACUUACUUGGGCCACUAUUGUUGUAAUGAUAAUGUAGCCUGGUCGUAUACCACACCACGCUCGAAUUUAGGCUUACAAACUGCCGCCACCAAAAAAUAUCUACAAUCAUCACUAGCUUCAUCUGCAUCCACCAACACGUCUAAACGAGGCCAGAACUCUAAUACUAACCUCUACCGUUUCGAUACAGACUCAUUGUUACUCAUGAACUCUCCUAGUUUACUCUUAAACCCAGGUUCACGUUCUGGUAAUGUUACUCCCGGUGGCCAUGCAAGCUCUUCAAGGCCCGGCAGUGCCAUGUCCACAUCCACUACAAUGUCAACAUCUGGAUUUAUUAACAGGCGUUCAAUGCCAGCUGCCCGUAAACCUCGUCCAGCCAGUAUUGCCGGCACCGUCGUUUCUCUUGAAGAAAUAAAUAAAAUUAAAAAGGAGAAUAAACCGCCCGUUAAGAAUUCAUCACUUUCACCAUCGACUUCAGCACAAACCACUCCGAAAAGAUCAACGAACAUGAUGUCAACAUCAUUAAUUGUCACAUCAUCAUCCUCGCGUUUAUCCAGUGCUGAAAAGAAGACUCCCAUCAAGAGGGAACCUCUCACUCCGAAAGCCACUACACCAAAACCGCUUUCGAAAACAGCCAGCUCAGACCGUCUGCACAAAUUAAGCAAGGAAAAAUCAAAAGACAUUAUGUCUAAGUCGGCCAUAACGCCUCCAGUUAAGACAAUAGCCAGCAGCAGCAGUAACAGGGAUGUUACUAAGAACAAAGAACAAAAAGAAGCCACAAAGAGCAAGGAACAGAAGGAAGCACUUAAUCAAGUGAAAACUGUUGAAAACGUUAAUAAAUCCGCCACAUCCACAACUGUUGCUCAUCAAAAUGGCAACGUUGAGACUGACGCCAAAAAACUUAUUGAUGGUGGCGACGAUGAGGUUAAACAAAACUCCCAGGUGGACACACCACAGGAAGAAAAGGUUGAUGAGGGUACCGAAAAAGAACCUGAAAUGGAAUCGGCGGUGCCACCAAAACCUAAAUCUCGCAGUGGCAGUAAGGAGGGUUCAAUGGUGCGUGAAUUAGCACCAGCCAAUGAAAACGGUGGCGACCCCAUGACCGCUUCAAUGAUGGCUAAAAGUAAAAUUACAACAGAAGAAGAAGCCAAAGCUGCACUGGCCGAAAGACGUCGUUUGGCUCGCGAAGAAGCCGAAAGACAAGCCGAACUAGAAAGGCAACGGUUAGAAGCAGAACGUUUGGCUGAACUCAAAAGACAAGAGGAAGAAGCGGAGCGCCAGCGACAAUUCGAGGAGGAAGCUAUGCGUAUGGCCGAGGAGCAGCGUAAGGCUGAAGAAGAACGUUUGCGUCAAGCCAUAGAAGAAGCAAAACAACGCGAAGAAGAAGAAAAGCGUAAACGCGAGGAAGAGGAACGACAACGUCAAGAACGCGAAGCGGCCGAGAAGAAGGCCAAAGAAGACGCUGAGAGACUAAAGCUUGAAACAGAGGAACGUCUUAAGCGUGAAGAAAAGGAGCGUGAAGAGCGACGCAAACGUGUCGAAGCUAUUAUGUCACGUACACGCAGAGGUGGCGCCAAUACUACACCAAAUUCCACUCCUACAAAGGAAAAUAACAACUCUCCCAAACCAACAGAGACAGUGGCGGUAGCGGCGGAGACAGCUGUUGCCGCACCACCAGCUGCACAACAAGCUCAAGUUACACCAAAUUCAAAUGAUGUCACCAAUGCUGCUACAUCAGAUUCUGUAAAUACUACUGUGGCAGCUGCUACUACAGAAGUCACCAAUACCAGUAAUGAUAGUGGUUCAACAUCGGGUUCUAAUACCAGCACAUCUAUUACACCCUCGACACCAGCAGCAGCUACCGUAGCAUCACAAUCUGAAGUCCAAACACAGCAGCAGCAACCACAACAACAGCCACAAGCACAACCAGUAAUUCCUGAACCUCAAAACUCACAAGCGAUGUAUGAACAGUCCGUUAUCGACAAAGAAAACUCUCUCAUCAACAGCUUUUCCAACAUGAUUAUCGAUGAGAAUGUUAAAAAUAUGCAGCAAAACUUGCAACAGCAACAACAACUGCAAUCUCAAAUUGUGGCCGAAGAGACCACAUUUGGCAAGCAAAUAUUUGCUGAGCAACAUAAUAACGAUACCAAUACAACAACCACUACUCAGUCAGUAGCCAAUGGCAAUGGCCAUCACAUAGAAAGUAUUAAUAACAAGAAUGAAAUUGAUCUACUACAAACUAUUGUUCCAUCAACAAAUCAGUUAAUAGAUCUUAGUCUUGAGCCACAAGACAAUGUUAAUUUCAAUAACAAUAAUAGUUUAAUAACAACAAAUACAACGCUAGUCACUGCAGAUAGUCAUGAAAACAAAGAUAUUUCAUUGCUGUGAGUUUAUGGUUACGGAAACAAAGAACCGAGAUUACUGGAUGUGUAGGUCUACAUAUAUAUCGUUACAUAAGUACAUAUAUAUAAAUCAAAUAUAUUGAAUGGAUCGCAAAGCUAAUGGGUUCGUUCUUUAAAUAACAACCAAGAUGAUGAUGAUAAUGAAUGAUGCUGUCUCUGUGUAUUGCGAAAUAAAAGCCAGAAUGAAAGCCAAGCCACAACUGGUUCAAGGGAGGAAGUGUUUGUUAAUAACUUUCCAGCUCUAGAAACCCCCCUAACGAGAAAACUUACUACAACAACCACAAAAAAUAAUUUAAGCAAACCACAUACACACUCUCUGAAAAAAAAAAAAAAAAAAACAUAACUAACAAUACAUACAAAAUAUUAUAUUUAACGAAAAAGAUACGCGACAAAUUAUGGUUACUAGAACUCUAUAUACACAACACAUAUACAUAAAAAAAAACGCUUUUGGCAAAACAAAUAUCAAACCAUAUAUUGAAAAAAGAAAAAGCAAAAUCAAGCAACAAAUUCGAGAAAAAGUCUAGCUUAGUUUGUAGAUAAUUAUUUAAAGAUUUAUUUAAAAACAAAAAUUGCUUCUUUUAAAGAAUCCUAUUUUUUUUUUCUCCCUUUUUUAAAGGCCAGCAUUGCUCUAUGAGAAAAGAAACACAUUUUUGGAAUUUAUCCGCAACAACAGCGUUGGAAAAUUACAUAUUUUCAAUUUCAUAAACAUUGAAAUAAUAAACUUUUUGUUGUUUACAAAAAACAGUGUGCCUAGUAAUUAGAGCAAAUUUAUUUCUGUUUUCAAGAAACACUUAGAUUUUUCACCUCCAUGCCUAGCAAUAUCUAUGAAUAUGAUACAGAAACUAUAAACACUAUAUAAUUUAAAUUAUAUAAAAAUACAAGAAAUAUCAAGCUAAAUACUUAUCAAAAAUUGAGCAAUGACAACUUGCAAAAACCAUCCACUUGAAAAUAACCAGAAUAUGUAUGUUUUCUUUUUCUUUUUUGUAAAAAAGGGCAGAAUAUUUUAUAAAAUGAAAUAUGUGUAAAAGUCCCUUUGAGCGUUUAAAAAAUACAAAUUGGUUUGUCUAUUUAACAUUCGUUCAACGUUGUAUGUUCUUGCGUGUAAUGUGAAACUCCUGUUUACAUACUCAAAAAUCAAUAACAAUCUAAUGAAGAUAACUUUGAAUGUAUGUGAACCAUUUGGCAGUUCCGUGUCAUCCGUGAUUUGGUUAAAGACAUAUUUUUUAGAUAUUCUGCCUUUUUCCUUCGUUUCCCUCCAUAAACAACAACAACAACAAAUCAAUAAAUUCUGUUCACUUCUUGUAAUUUUUGUGUUCUGGUUUAGAUUCAUUUACUAAUGAAAUUGUGCAACAAUUAUUCGAUAUAUUUUGUAUUUAAAUAUUAUUUUUUUAAUAUUACAAAAACAUUAUGGUAGCAUUAUAGGUUUAACUAAUUUAUAUUAAAACAAACAAAAAAACAUUAAACAAAUAACAACAAAAGCUAUAUAUCAAUAUAAACAUCCGCCUGUGUAAUAAAACUAAAUAAAUAUGAAACCUAAACUAAAUGAUAUAUUAAAAAACAAAAAAAAAACUAAAAAGUAAUGAUUGUAAAAGGUCUGAUUGUAGUUUAAAAAUCCUUAUGUCGGAGAGUCAAGCUUCUGCAAGAAAUUAAGAAAAAGGAAAUAAGAAAGGAAACAAAAACUUUUAUUUGUAUUUUAUGUGUAGUUAAUGUUAAUUAUAAAAUAUUACUUCGUAUAUUUAAAGUUUAUUUUUUGUAUUAUCAAUAAUAUUUAAAACAACAACAACAAAA